GCGGUUGGGGCUGCGCGUGAGAAGGUGGAGGUGUAGGCACCUGGGCUGGGGGAGGCCGGCGGCGGCGGCCGGGCCAUGGCGGGAGACCUUUUACGCUCGGCUCCUUGAGGUGCGCUCCCUGAAGUCCCGGGGAGCCGUGGCCCAUGGGCUCGCUAAGCAGCCGAGUACUGCGCCACCCGGGGCGAGCCCAAGCCCCGCAGGAGCAGGGUUCCGGGGCGGGAGGUUCGGCCCAGAGGCCAGAGUCUGGAGGCGACGCGGCGGGCCCUGGCUUCUGUUACUGCCCUGGCAGCCACAAGCGCAAGCGGAGCAGCGGGGCCUUCUACUACUGUCACCCUGAAUCUGAGACAGACGAGGAGGAGGAGGAAGGGGACGAGCAGCAGCGGCUCCUCAAUACCCCUCGAAGGUACGUGGGGGGACGAGCCCGAGCUGCCCCGCACCCUCACCUGUUGGACCUGGGGAUAAGUCGGCGCCCAUUAUUAUUUCAUUCCACAUGUGUACCUUUGCUUUCAGCACUGCAAGUUGCAUUUGGUUCACUGUAUCGAGAUGAUGUCUUAAUAAAGCCCAGUCGAGUUAUUGCCAUUUUGGCAGCAGCUUGUAUGCUGCAGCUGGUAAGUAUACACAUUAUUCAAAGAAAGGAUCACAAUGGUAUCUCUGUUGCCAACAUAAAUGUCAUGAAACAGCUCAUUGCUUCAUCUAACUUAUUUGUGAUGCAAGUGGAAAUGGAUGUGUACACAGCUCUAAAAAAGUGGAUGUUCCUUCAACUUGUGCCUUCAUGGAAUGGAUCUUUAAAACAGCUUUUGACAGAAACAGAUAUCUGGUUUUCUAAGCGGAAAAAAGAUUUUGAAGGUAUGCCCUUCCUUGAAACUGAGCAAGGAAAGCCAUUCGUGCCAGUAUUCAGAUAUUUGAGGUUGCAGUAUAUUAUUAGUGAUCUGGCUUCUGCGAGAAUUACUGAACAAGAUUGUAUAGUACCUUCAGAAUGGCUGUCUGCUGUGUAUAAACAGCAGUGGCUUUCUAUGCUCCGGGCAGAACAAGACAGUGAGGUGGGGCCUCAAGAAAUCAAUAAAGAAGAACUAGAGGGAAAUAGCAUGAGGUGUGGUAGAAAGCUUGCCAAAGAUGGUGAAUACUGCUGGCGAUGGACAGGUUUUAACUUCGGCUUUGAUCUACUAGUAACUUACACUAAUCGAUACAUCAUUUUCAAACGCAAUACACUGAAUCAGCCAUGUAGUGGAUCUGUCAGUUUACAGCCUCGAAGGAGCAUAGCGUUUAGAUUACGUUUGGCUUCUUUUGAUAGUAGUGGAAAACUAAUAUGUAGUAGGACAACUGGCUAUCAAAUACUUACGCUUGAAAAGGAUCAGGAACAAGUGGUGAUGAACUUGGACAGCAGGCUUCUGGUCUUCCCUUUAUAUAUCUGCUGUAACUUCUUGUAUAUAUCGCCAGAAAAAAGAACUGAAAAUAAUCGUCACCCAGAAAAUCCAGAAAACUGAGGAUCUCAUCAGUUGGAAACAGUAGCACUUUGAAAACUUUUUAGGCCAGCUUUAAUUUAAUGGCCCUGCUGAUAUUCACAUCUAAGGUGACUAACAAUGACAAAGGCCUUAUGAACUGUACAGACAAUACAGAAGAUUAUUCUUAUCCUUAUUACAUUUCUGUGCGUAUGUGGAAAAAACAUUUUAAAGCCAAGAAAAUAUCGGUCAAACCAUUUCUGUUAUAAAGAUGUCAAUCCAUGCUUUUAAUUCAGCAUCAGUAGAAAAUUGCUGUAGGUAAAUCUCACGUUUCUGUGCAAGAAAAUACAGACUGAAUUUUUAGCUUAAACUUUGUUCCUGCCUUGUGUUAGUGAACCUUAGUCAUCCAUCUGUAAAUUUAUUUGGCUAAAAGAAUGCUAAAGAAAUAAUUUGGCCAAUUGUAAAUGCUCUUUCAGUUGGUGCACUUAAAGCUAUCCUUUAAUUUUUUCACCUCAUUAUGAUUCCUUCUUUUAGUCUAAUAUAUUUCCAGUAUAUUCUUGUUUUUAAUCAUUAAAUAUGUUUUUCAUGGUUUUGGAGACUAAGCUGAGGAACUUUUUUUAAA